GAUCUGUGUUUAACAGGCUGAUGACAUCCGUGCGCUGCUGAUGGACGCCAUGCCCCCUGAUGCUCUGCCCAGCUGUUUCAAACCGCAGGCCACCGUGCUCAGCGCCGCUCUCAUAUCACCCGCCUCCACACCCUCCUGCCUCUCCGCUGCCUCCAGCAUCGAUAACCUGGCCGGGCCCCUCUGCGACGGGGCCAGUGGAGGGGCGAUAGGACCCGCUGAUGGGGCCUCCGGAACAGAGCGCAAGGAAGGAGAUGCAGUCCUGGAUAUGAACAUUUCACAAUUCAUGAAGAGUCUGGGGCUCGAACAUUUGAGGGACAUCUUCGAGAGAGAACAGAUCACUCUGGAUGUGUUGGCCGAUAUGGGUCACGAGGAGCUCAAGGAGAUCGGCAUCAAUGCUUACGGACACCGUCACAAACUCAUCAAAGGCAUCGAGAGGCUGCUGGGAGGACAGCAGGGUGCUAACCCAUACCUGGCGUUCCACUGCACCAAUCAGGGCACAGUUUUGAUCGACCUGGCCGUGGAUGAUAAAGAGUUUCAGUCUGUUGAGGAAGAGAUGCAAAGCACAAUUCGAGAGCACAGGGACGGAGGAAACGCAGGUGGCGUUUUCAAUCGAUACAAUAUUCUCAAGAUCCAGAAGGUGGUGAAUAAGAAACUGAGAGAGCGAUACGCACACAGGCAGAAAGAGAUCGGAGAUGAGAAUCACAGCCACCAAAAUGAACGGAUGCUGUUUCACGGAUCUCCAUUCAUAAAUGCCAUCAUCCAUAAAGGAUUUGAUGAGCGUCAUGCCUAUAUCGGUGGCAUGUUUGGAGCUGGCAUAUAUUUUGCAGAGAACUCCUCUAAGAGUAACCAGUAUGUCUAUGGCAUCGGAGGCGGCACAGGCUGCCCCACUCAUAAAGACCGGUCCUGUUACGUGUGCCACAGGCAAAUGUUGUUCUGCCGUGUGACGUUGGGAAAGUCCUUCCUGCAGUUCAGCGCCAUGAAAAUGGCCCACGCUCCCCCUGGACAUCAUUCUGUGAUCGGCCGUCCCAGUGUCAACGGCCUGGCCUACGCCGAGUACGUGAUCUACCGCGGAGAACAGGCCUUCCCAGAGUAUCUCAUCACUUAUCAGAUAUUGAAGCCGGACAGCACGCCUCAGUCCUCCACAGGAGCAGAGCAGAAAUCAUAGUCAGACACUGCGUUUCUACACUCGCUCACUCACUCGCUCACCCACUCACUCACUCAUUGUUUCUCACUAUAGUUGCACAAUGGAAAUGUGAACGUUCCCAUGUACCCAGAUUUUGGAAUUCUUCUGUAUGAAUUAUGAAUUUGCACUUUUAAAAAACAAGUUACUUAAGUUAUUUGAAAAUAGUUGCAAUUGUGAAGUCAAAUGUACAGGUAGUAUAAAGAAAACAUGUAAAACUGACUGCUAUUUGAGUUGUAUUUUAAUGGAACUUUUUUUUUUUUUUUUGAGUCUGUUAAUUUCUUUUAAAUAAAUAUCAUCAGAACAGGA